UUUGCGGUGAGGCGAGUCCGUACCGCGCGGUGAAGUGUAAACUCAUGUGUUCAAAUUGAAUUUUCAAAAUAAAAAUGGAGUCUAAAUUGAAAAAUUUUAAAGAAUCGUUAACGUUACAAGAUUGUGAGAAGCCGAAUUUGACGACGCCGUUUUCUAUAAACGACAUUUUGACCAAAGAGAACGAGGGAAAGUGUGAAUUUGAAAAUGGAAUGUUUUGUUCGGAUGGUUUCGGCGGGAAGAUGAACUUUUUGGGGAAAGCGGCCAGUUGUUUCGGCAAGGAGGAUGGAUACAUGAACAAAGAAGGUUUGGACAAAGGACUAAAGUACUACGACGAUUGCAACGGAUUCAGGGACUGUGCUGGUGAUGGUGCGCUGGACAUGUCGAGGAAGAACCAUUAUCCAAUCACGGAAUUAUCAGAUGAUUACGACUCCCGAUCCUCGACCACCGGCUCCCCGGUACGGAGAGCGAACUCCUCACCGAGCUCAGAUACAGCCUACAAACCAUUCAGCUUACACUACGACCAGCGUAAAUGUUCCACCCCGACAAACGACUCCAGAAUGAUCCAUUCACCGAAUUACCACAUCACAGAAUAUUCGCAAAAUGGUGGACGGAAAAAGAGAUCAAGAGCUGCCUUCUCCCACGCUCAAGUAUACGAGUUAGAGAGACGAUUCAGCCAACAGCGAUACCUCUCAGGACCUGAACGAGCAGACUUGGCAGUCAGUCUGAAGCUGACUGAGACCCAAGUCAAGAUCUGGUUCCAGAAUCGACGAUACAAGACGAAAAGAAAGCAGUUGCAGAUGCAAGAGAACGGCAUGCUCGCAGCCGCUGCUGCAGCCGCGAACCAUGCGAGAAAAGUGGCUGUAAAGGUACUCGUGAACAAUAACGGACAAUCCAGCAUACCUGACUUGAAGUCUUACCAAAAUCCUAUGCUAGGAAAGACGUUAAACCCACUCUUCACACCACCGAACCUUCUAGAAAGUUCUCCGAUUCUAAAGCAUUUUGCAGGAGUUUACGGCGUAGAUUUCGCGAAAAAUCCUCAAUACAAAGCUCUAUUACAAGAGUCCUACAACCAAGCGGUCUUACAAUCGUUAUAUGGUCCUCAUUUGGGAGUGAACUACCCGAAUCUGCCGCUACCCUACAUGUAUUACCCGGGUCAUUCAACAUUUGGAUUACCAGUACCUUGUGAUGUCGAAAGAAGUCAAGUUGAUCGACCAGACAGCAAAGAGUUCACCGAAGAAAAAGAUAACAAGGAAAAGACAGAAACCAAACCAAAACCUCAUAUUGAUUUAAAUGAGAACAGUAACGAAAGUAUGGCCAGUAAUAUUGAGAUUGAAAAUUAGGAACGUUCUUAGAAUAAUUUUAAUAAAGAGGUUAAUCGUUAGUUUGUAGAAAUUAAAAGUAGAAUUUUGAACGUUCUAUUUUUAAAAUUGCGCAAAGAGAAAUUGGACACGUAUUUCAAAUUAGAAUUUAGAACCAACAUCACAAACAUGCGUUAUUUUUCUAACGGAAAUAUCUGAAUUCAUUCGUGGAAUGAGUUAGUUUAUUUGGAAUAAGAAUGUACGAAUCAAUAAUAUUUUUAUCUGGCAAUAAAAACCAAAGAUGGAGGUAAUGGUAGCCAAAGCACGUAGUUAGUAGAAUUGUUACUGUUUAGUUAUAACUGUUGUAAAUAUUUUUAAGGUUGAAAUGUUUUAAUAGUUGAUUGUAUCGGCACGUUUGUAAAUAGUACAAAGGUAGGAUUUAAGGAAGCUUUUGAAGGUGCAAUAAAGAGAAU